CACCCAGGCCAUACUCACCCUACUACUCAGCCUUCUUCUUCGCUCUCUCGCUCUGACUGCCGCCGCCGUGCGUUCGUCUCUCUCUGGCGUUGACUUUUUUUUUUUUGCCUGUGAAAGAGUAACGCAAUGGAACAACCACCCACCGAAGCCGUCGAAUCGUUGUCCGUCUCCGACCCUCAGAUCCCCCAAUCAUCCAAUCCCAGUCCAACUCAUCUUUUGACUCCGGAAGAGAAAUUUCAAAUUGUGAGAAGCGUCGGAGAAGAAUGCAUUCAGGAAGACGAACUCCUUAACCUCCUCACCAAAAAACCCGAACCAGUUUGCUACGAUGGCUUCGAACCCUCCGGACGAAUGCACAUUGCUCAGGGUGUUAUGAAGACAAUCAAUGUGAACAAGCUAACUUCUGCCGGUUGCAUCGUCAAAAUAUGGAUUGCUGAUUGGUUUGCCAAGCUCAACAACAAGAUGGGAGGAGAUUUGAAGAAAAUUGAGACCGUGGGCCGUUACUUGAUCGAGAUUUGGAAGGCUGUUGGGAUGGAUCUGGAGAGUGGGAAAGUUGAGUUUCUGUGGUCCUCCAAAGAGAUUAACGCCAGAGCUGAUGAGUACUGGCCUCUUGUGUUGGAUAUAGCUCAGAAGAACAAUCUUAAAAGGAUUAUCAGGUGUAGCCAAAUAAUGGGACGAAGUGAACAGGAUGAAUUAACUGCUGCUCAGAUAUUCUAUCCAUGCAUGCAGUGUGCUGACAUAUUUUUCCUCAAGGCCGACAUUUGCCAAUUGGGAAUGGAUCAGCGGAAAGUGAACGUACUUGCCAGAGAGUAUUGUGAUGACAUUAAGAGGAAGAACAAGCCCAUUAUCUUGUCACACCACAUGUUACCUGGUCUUCAGCAAGGGCAAGAAAAGAUGUCAAAAAGUGACCCAUCAUCUUCCAUUUUCAUGGAAGAUGAGGAGGCUGAAGUGAAUGUGAAAAUAAAAAAGGCUUAUUGCCCUCCCAAGACUGUGGAAGGAAACCCAUGCUUGGAGUACAUUAAAUAUCUUGUCUUACCUUGGUUUAAUGAGUUCACAGUGGAGCGUAGUGCAGAUAAUGGUGGGAAUAAGACUUUCACAAGCUUUGCUGAGCUGACUGCAGCCUAUGAAAGUGGAGAGUUACAUCCUGGUGACCUUAAACCAGCAUUGGCAAAGUCAUUGAAUAAAAUUCUGGAGCCUGUUAGGGAACACUUUAGGAAGGACAGCAAUGCUAAAGAGCUACUGAAAAGGGUCAAGGCUUACAGAGUCACCAAAUAAUAUGCUCAUUAAAGACUUCAGGCUAAUUUCUAUUCUUUGCCAAACAGUCGUUCUUUCACGUUAUGAGAUUAUACACUUCUGGACUUCUAAAAUGUGGCGGAGGUUUUCUUUAGAAUGAGUAAUGUGAUUUUUGUUUACUUAAAAUAUAGAUGUGUCUAUUUAUAUUUAUAUUUUUAUUUAUGCCAUGAAUUUUUAAUUAUCCAUAAUACAAAUACUACCGACUUGCCUAAAAAA